AACAAUUAAACGUCGCCUCCACUGCGUUAAUGAAAUAAACACAAACCGAAAACCUCAGGGGUCCAUUUAAACUCGACGUCACAUUCAGAGCAAUCCCGGAAGUGAGUGUGAAUGUACUUCUCGCUUCGUUACCGUCUUCGUUUCUGCAUGAACCUCCAACAUCACUGUCGUGAACAUCAGAGGUUCCUGGUUUCGCAGCCAAAUGGACUCUACAACGCCGAGCCGAGGUUAGAGGCAGGUGAAAAGCGACAGGUGAAGGAACUCUCAUCCGCCAUGGGGAACAAAUCAUCGAAAAGUGUGAGCGUCGAGGAGCCCCCUAAAACAACUUUGUUUGAGAGGGAAUCAGGCGGGAUCACAUACAGGAUUCCAGCUCUGCUCUACCUGAGGCACUGUCACACAUUCCUCGCCUUUGCAGAGAAAAGAACCACCUUUCAUGACCACGACGCCAAACGUCUGGUUAUGAGAAGAGGAUUGCUCCAGGAGGAUGGAUCUGUUCAGUGGUCGUCCAGUCAGGAGAUUUCGACUGCAUUUCUACCAAACCAUCGCACAAUGAAUCCCUGCCCUGUGUAUGAGAAGAACAGCAAGACGCUCUUCCUGUUUUUCAUCUGCAUAUGGGGAAACACCACAGAAAUAAAGCAGAUUGUCACAGGUAAGAACAAGGCCCGUCUUUGCUGUGUGAGCAGCAGCGACGACGGGCAAACCUGGAGCCAGGCGAUGGACCUUACAGAGAGUGUGAUUGGGGAAGCCAUACACAAAUGGGCCACUUUCGCGGUCGGGCCCGGCCACGGCGUUCAGUUGGAGAACGGCAGGUUGAUCAUUCCCGCGUACGCCUACUACAUCCCGUACAGAUGCUGUUCCUAUCCACUCCCUUGCACGGUGUAUCCACGCGCGCUGUCGAUAUACAGUGAGGACUUUGGACAGACGUGGCGUAUCGGGAAGAUGCUUCAAAAGAAGUCCUGUGAAUGUGAAAUGGCGGAGAUCAUCGACCACGAGGGAAGGAGCCACCUUUACUGCAACGCCCGGCACACAGGGGGCCACAGAUGUGAAGCCCUGAGCGAAAACAGCGGCGUCUACUUCGAUAAGCCCCACAUGGCCAGGGAGCUCGUCGAGCAACCCUCGGGUUGCCAGGGCAGCGUCAUCGGCUUCCCCGCGCCUGAAUUCGUUCCCAACGACGACGCCGAGAGCAAGGCCUGCGGCACGUCGCUCCUCUCACCAGACACUCAAACCUGGCUCCUGUUCAUGCACCCGACCAACAAGUCCAAUCGGCGGGACAUGGGCGUGUACUUGAACCGAUCCCCCUUGCACUCGUCCGGGUGGGACCGGCCCAGGAUCAUCCACAGGGGGCCGAGCGGUUACUCGGACCUGGCGUACAAUGUGGACAAGGAUCAGUUCUCCUGUCUGAUGGAGUGCGGGAAGGAAAGCGAACUGGAGCAGAUUGCCUUCAUGACCUUUUCCCUCAAUGAUGUCAUGCAGACAGGUGAUAAGAAAGAGAAGAAGAUGGUCUGAAUUUGGGCCGUUAUUGACAGAGAUCUCCUUAUAUUAUCCCACCACUAGAAGAAAUCCAAUCAAAACACCCCUGACGUGCUGUGCUGUAACAUUCAUCUGUGUUUACUACUGUUUUACAUUCUGGAGAUAGUGAAUGCACGAGUCAUGUGUUUUCUGGUCUCCUUGAGUGAAGUAAGUCUUAUUAUAAUUAUGCAAGAGCAUAGGCUUAUUUUUAAUAGGUUAUGUGGUUCAUUUAUGCAUGCUGUGUUUGAAGUGUCAUUUUUAAAGCUGGUAUUGUGUGUGUGGCAUGUUUGAUGAGCACUUCAAAGCCAUUCCAGCAUCUUAUUGAAGUGUCACUUUUUCUUCUCAGCAAAGUUAGCCUACCUCUUUAUUUUCUCAUGAAGAUCAUAGGGGGCCUUGCAAACAAGUCUGCAGAUUUCCCUCCGUACAGUCCUCUCCUUUACAUUUAGUAUACUCUAAUUCACAUAUGCCUUCUGCUGGAUUGUUUUAUAUGGAAGCUGUGCAGCAGCAUUGUCAGUGGAUUGCCUGUGAAGGUCACAGGGAGGGUCAUAAAGCUGUCAAUAAAAUAGGAGAGGGGAGGUAAACAUGCAAGCAGUUUAUUACUGAAGAGACUAAACAUGCUGAAUCACAUAUGUGAGUUGUUUAAAAAAGAAUUAUUUGUUUUAUUUUUUAUCGAAGCAGCUCAUUCAGCUGAACUCUUAGAAUCAGUCUUAUUUUAGAUUAUCACUUGGAGAUUGAAGUACGCCUUCGUGCGAUUGUUUAAGUAUAAUGAAGCUGUAAACAGCAUAUAUAAUCUUUUUUCACUAUUUUCACUUUCCAAUUAUGUUCCGGCUUUUAGCCCAUGAGAUAUAAUUUUUAUGUUCUUUAAGGAAAUACUUAAAAAAAGAAAAGAAAGAGAACCUCCCCAGGGAAGACACUGAUCACUUGGCAGCUGUGAGACCACAACUGAAAGUUGUUGAUUAACAAAAUGGCUCCCAGAUUGAAUUUCAGCUUAUAAAGGAAAGAUGUAUAUCCCAGAAAAUCUGGGAGGGCUUGGAAACCUAAUAAACCAGCACCCUAAGCAUGGAUUUAAGCGCUCUGUGCUGAGCCCAGUAUGUUUUCAAUACUCCACAGUAGUGAAUAAUAAGGGAGGGGAAGUUAAGCUACUGAUAGACACUCAGUCUCACGCUGCAGUGAGACGCAUGUUCAUUUAGCUCAGACGCAGAGAAAAAAAAGCACAAUAAUCAGCUUUGUUUGAUUAUUGUGACUGAAAAUGCAGGACGACAGUUUAGAGAGAGUUAUUUUUCUCUAUAUCAGUAGAGGUUUUGCUCUGAGAGGACUAGUAAAUAGUAAAAAGCACUUUUUUUAUCUGAUAAACUUUAUGCUCACAAACAACUGCAGUCACCAUGAGUUUCUUUGUUGUUUUUUUUCUGUGUGAAACAAACAGAUGACACGUCAUCAUCCAUCUGUUGUACUCAUUUUCUGUUUUUAAGACAUGCAACUACAGCGCUGUUAAAUUUUAGAGCUUUAAAAAAAUUUUUUAUCUGCUUAAUAACAAUAACAUGCAAUAAUUAUUUCUCUCAUAAAGUAUAUCUGCCCUUUAAGCAUUUCAAAUUCUGUCAUGAAUUUUGGCAUGGAGCCGGUGAAGAACUGCUGAAAUUCAUAUUUUAGGUGUUGCACUUCUACUGAAAAGGAAGAAUUUAUAAUUAUUUACCUGAUGAGAAAGAAAUGGACGGAUUAUUUGUCUUUUGUACAUCAAAAUGUUGAAGUGUAUUUUAUAGUUUCAGCUGCACUGCACAGGCAUAAUAGACUGUUUACCUGUGAGUUAAAGUCUGUCAUGGUCAAAAAUGGCUCACAGUUGCACUUAUGAUGGGUUAGUAGAAACUGUCAGUGGCUAGAAAAUGUAACUACCACAGUUUGGCCUGAAAUCAGAUAUUUAGAGCUUUCUCAAUAUAUAUUAGUACGCCUCAUAAAAGAUGCGUCUUGAAAGUUAAUUCUAGCUCUACAUGUAGGAUGUUUUAUUUAUUAAAAAUCACAUCAGAUUUAUUGGGAUGUUGUGAAAGUAAAGAACAAUGGAGAAUAAUUUCCCACAACAGGAUUGAUGCAUCAAAUGCAUCAAUUGAACAUCCUGCAUGCUUUUUUUUUUUUUUUACAGCCUCUUUAUGGGCCCAAAACGUAACUUGACUAGAGGAAUUGGGAGAGUCUACCAACCAGAAUGGGAUCAGUGGUGAAUUUUACUCAUAUUUUCAUUAGCACAGGCAUCAUAUUGGUAAUCUGGCGAUUGUUAAAAGAAGAGAUUGGAUUAACUUCAGAGGCCCUCAUUACUGUGAUGACCAAAUGUAAUUAUAGUUAUGGUUUAAUUUCUAUUCUGGAAAAUUAUUCACAGCAACAAUUCUGUUAAGUCUGGGUGAAAUGCCAACAAUUGCACUUUUGUUCAUUAGAAUCAAUCUUAAAAAAUAAUUUUAUUUGCCAGCUUAUUGUAAUAAUUACUGCGAUUCAGGCUAAAAUGUAAUUCAACCGUUAUUUUUAAAGUUAUAGUUGUUAUUCUUGAUGACGAACUUCCUUCAACUCGGAUUAUUUAUGGUCAUGACUGACAGGGAAAAACUUCUAUGUCUCUAAAUUUGACAUAGAAGAAUUAAGUGCUGCUUAUUUAUGACGUUGCCAAAAAGCAAAAAUCUCAAACGUACCAUUUUUUAAUUUUUUUUUUCCCAAAAUGUAAACACUGCUUACACUUGCAUCCGUGGUGACUGGCAAAAAGGUUGUACAUUUAUUGUACAUUUAUUACUUGAAACCAAACGCAUUAAUGUUUUUAAUAUGCUACUUUCAGCUGACCACAAAUUUAUUGAGCUUUAAUAUUUAUAUCUAAAGCAGUACUUUAUUUGUUCCUUGCACAUUAAACAGGAUUUUGCGAACAGGCCUUCUUUUUUUUUUUAUUAUUUUUUUUCCAGGCUGAAUAUGUAAACAUGUGCAGGACUGUGAUUCAAUAAGCUCGGUUCUCUGCAGUCAAAACUCGUAACAGCAGACAGAGACUCGCUGUUCGUAGAGGCCACUCAGAAUUUGCACAAAACAAAAUACUGUACCGACUUUAACAUCUGAUUUGCCUAUCGUUGUGAGGAGAAAAUGCCUCCAGGUAGUUUCAUUGUGUUUCUGUUGGCUGUUGUGAAAAGUGAUUAAAAACCUGCAUGGAAUGUGUAUUUUAGUAGAAAAUAAAAUUAACUCGUGAGCAAUUGG